GGAGCUUUGUGUCACAUGGGCUCCAAAUGUCGUAGCUGCGCCCCUGCAAUGAUCCGUCUUUUUCUUCCCUGAAGUUUGGGAAAUUGCUUGUGGACGCCAUCUGCUGCAUCUGAUUAAGAUGUCUGAGCCAACACAAGGAGAGAAAAUAGUGAAAAAAGUCAUUCCUGUGCGGUGUCGUAACUCCUCCAAAUUGAAGACAAAACCAAGUUUGCUCCAGGAUGAGGACCCAAGUCCUCCGUGUGAUCCACACCCCUACAAUGGUGACCCUCAGCCCCCCCAGGAGGAGCUCCUCACCACCGGCCAAAGUCAUGCUGCUUUUUCAGACAGCGUCUACCUGCUGGCGUCAGUCAUCUUCCAGAACCACCACCAGGAGAAGCCUGCAUCCCGCCAACUGGUGAAAUACGGCAAAGAGAGGGGGCUUCUUUUGCCUCACGUCGAAGAGGAGAUGAGACGUCCUGCUUAUGAACUGGCCUUCAAUGCACUCAAAUAUCAAGAACUGCUGGAGGACAUCAUAACCGACAGUGGCUUGUUCCUCUCUCACCUAAUACCAGACGAUCAGAUGAGCCUUUUUGCUGUCAUGCUCUAUGACUUCCAGGACAGGAAGUUUCUCCCACAGAACCACCACAAGGAGAUGUCCAUACAGGAAGUCAGAGAUGUGGAGGACUAUCUUCUCAGGUGCAAAACAAAGCUGGAAGCUUCUCUGGCUCGAUACAGGAUCAAACAUGAGCUCUCCUCAAUUGAGUGCGUCCUGCCUGAGAGUGUGAAGGUGAAGCAGGAGAGAUCCAACAGGCUGCUACUUUAUGCAUGGCUCAACACGCUGAGGAGCAGUUUGGAUGAGGUCCAAAGUGUGCUGAAGAGUGCAGGCCUCUCCCAGGUUGGUUCAAUGGAGCAGCUGGAAGGGCAGACCUUCUGCCAGGAUCCCCACUGUGACGAUGUGCUGGUAUUCCCUGCCUGGAUGAAAGCGACUCUGGAUUCCACUAAGCUUCUUCAUGACCAUAAACUCAUCUUGCAGGAUAAGUCUUGCUGCCUGACCCCCAAUGCAGCGAUCUCCCUGCUACCAGACGACGGGGACGUCCUCAUGGUGGGCAGUUUCUCUGGCCUCACUGUCUCCCACACUGCCUCCCUCAUGAAGGAGAAACGUAAAACCAGCGACAAGUCCAAAGUCCUCGCUUGUGUCAGUCACCUAACAGACGCUGAGAUUGAGGCGCUACUGCAAGUCUUUGCCCACACGGGCUGCAAGAAUGUGAAGCUGAUCCCGGAGGUCUUCCAGUCUCUGGCCAGUGGUGACAAGCGUCUUACAAAAGUGCGUCUUAUCCUGUUGACUCCCAACUGCUCCUUGUCUGCGGUCAGCAAUCCUCUUGAAUUCAUGCUGCAAGAGAACAGGGACACCAACCUGCUGCGGGACUUGUCCCAGGGCUCCGUGGCCCAGAGCAAGCUGGACGCUCUGAUAGCACAGCAGAGGAAAGAUAUUGAUCAUGCAUUGAAGCUUCCUAAAGUUUCGGCGGUGGUUUACUCGACGUGUUCAUCACAUCCAGAGGAGAACGAGGACUUGGUGACCAGAGCGGUGAAAGCGGCCAAGGCGACUUUGCAGCAAGGAUGGCAGCUAAAAACUCCCAACUUGAGACAAAACCAAGCCUCGUCUACCUCUCCUGACCAUGCAGAGGGUCCACAAAUAAAGGACUCCUUCUUCAGACUGGAGCCCUCUGGGCAGAGUAAUGGCUGCUUCCUGGCUCUUCUCAUCAGAGAGUCUUCACAGCCCGAGUCCGCGCUCAAAGAGCCACCACAAGCUGUGCCGGCCGACGUGCACACCAAAGGCAAGCCUGACCGCAUGAGGUCCAACCAGCCAAUCAGAAAAAAGCCGCAUGGACAAACCAUCAAGUCAAGCAGAGCAACCUUCUCAUGUGGUCCACCUGAGCACCAGAUCUCUGUCAAAGCUCGGCCACAUUUACCACAAGCAAAAAACCCCAAACUGCGUAUAAAAGCAUCACAGAAUUCUGCUGCUACUUCCUCCUCGGACUGCAACCAAGAAAACUCCAGCUCCCCCAUCACCAAACCAGAAAAGAAUCCCAGAGCGCACGUCAUCACCCCUUUAUUUAACACUAAAACGUCCACAUCCUCUCCGCGUCCCACUCCUCCUCCCGUCACCCCCGUGGGCCCUGCUGCCCGUCCCCGAAGGGUCCAUCAGUUGGUGCUGAAGCCCGCCGUUAUCAUCCUGCCUCCUCUGCAUCUUCUCCCACCCCCCCAUCCUCGGCUGCACACGUGGAGGGCCCCGGCUCCAACUUUACCCUCCUCUCGUUUUGCUGGAAGCUUCUCCAAGGACACGCUGCUCAAACACAAGUUGAAGUGUUGUGUCUGAUUCCCUGCUGGGAGUAUGUGUGCCUAAUAUGCAGGGAAUCGCUGUAGCAGAAGACCUCUGAGGUCACACAAUUCACAAUUCAAACCACAUUUUGGGGAAAAAUAUGCCUCUAAAGCACGGUUGUCCAAACUUUUACCAGCAAGGGCCACACAGUGAAAAAUGAAAGGAUGCAAGGGCCACUUUCAUAUUUUGUAAACAAAUGAUAUGUCGUAUUCCGUUCCGUGUGGAAGUGGUACGUUUUUGGCUUCUUAAACAAAUCCGAGGCUAACUGUUAGCUCGCUAGCUUGCUAGCUAGGGCCGUCUCGAGUCCCUGCAGCAUAAGAUUUGCGCAAUGUGGUGUAAGCGCUAAUUAAUAGGAGCGUAAAGGUGACUAUAGGGGUGUUAUUUCACAUCUAAAGGGCUCUAAUAAUGUUGAACACCGUAUUUAGAAAGUCACAAACAGCUUUUCUAUCCUCUGACUAUGAACGUAUUCCAUUUAUUAACAUUGAAUCCUAUAUCACGGAAAUGAAUUGGAACCAAUUAACCGCCGUAAAGGAGGGAUGCCAGCAUUUAGUCUACACUUUGCUGUUUGCUCGUUUUUUCCCCAUUUUUGCAGUUUUAAAAAAAAUUUCCAAUUGCAGUAUUUCUCAAUUACUUCUUAAAUAAUCUACAUAAAUGUACUUUUUGUAAUAUUUUGACUUAAUUCCCAUAACAUUAUAACUUCUUCCUCAACCUAAUUUCCCCAAAAUGGCAACUUUAUUUUGUUUUGUUUGUUUGUUAUAAUAUUAUGACUUGUAAAAAAAAUACCGUAUUUUUUCUUUAUUAUUUCAACUCCCUUUUCCUCGUUAGAGUCUGACUUUUUUCUUUUAAUAUCUUGACUUUAUUCUUGUAAAAUGACAGCUGUUUUUCCCUUUUUGCUCUUGUUUUUUUUUUUAAUUUUCCAACUAUUUCCACUUUUUUUCUUGUAAAUUUUCUUCUCGUAAUUCUGACUUAUUCCCGUAAUUUAUGGACUUUAUUCUCAUAAAUUCUGACUUUUGCCACCAAAUUUGGACAAAAAUGACAACUUUAUUUGUUGUUUUGUUGUCUUGCAUAAUAUUACUACUUUCAAGAAAAAGUAUGUUUUUUCUUUCAUGUUUCAACUUUAUGCUACUAAAAUGAUGCUAUUUUUUCUCAUAAAAGUCUGUUAUUCUGCCUAAAAUUAUGACUUUUUUUGUUGGAUUACCACUUUUUGCUCUUAAUAUUUUGACUUUAUUUUUUGCAAAAUGACUGCUGAUUUUUCCAUUUCUGCUGCUGUUGUUUGUUUUUAAAGUUUGCACUGCUCUAAGGUCACAUAAAACGUCCAAGUUUGAAGCGCUUUCUGCGUGAAAUCACGUGAGUGUGUGAGGUAAGUUCAGUGAGCAUCAAGGUUUUUUUUUUUUCCGUUUUCGAAUCCCUUAUAACAUUUGUUAGCAAACGUACCCUUUUUUAUGUUAACUUUUUUCUUACUACAAUUAGUGGUUAACUUACUUUUACACUUGUAUGUUAAAAAUCUUAAAAAUGGCCUUGUACGUGGACGGUUGUCACCGUGCUUUUGUUGAUCACUAAAAGAUGAAAACCAGUUUGCAUGCACGUCUGCUGGAGACAAAGUAACGUGUUUAUAACCAUAUUCAUCCUGAAAGUAAGACAUUGUUUUUUUCUAUUGAAAAAAAUCUGAAAAAGUAGUCUUAUAUUCGUGGUCAGGAGAUUUAUACAGUUAUGGAAAAAAUGAUGAGACCACGCUUGUUUCUUCAGUUUCUUGUUCAUUUUAAAGCCCGAUACAACUAAAGGUAGCUUAGUUUGGACAACAAUGACAAGAAAAAUAGCUCAUAAGAGUUACAUUU